AUGACAAAGAGUUCCAGCGACCUAGGCAAUUUCAUCAUCGUCUUUUUGGUUCUUCUGCUGUUCCUAAAUUGUACACAUGCAGAUGUUUCUGACUUGUGCUCCUGCAACCUAGCUGAUCAGAACAACUUCAUCACACCCGCCAACAUUUCAGAAAGUAUUUCUCCGGGCAGCCUCAUAGCGAAAUUAACUUUCACUGGCGGCGAACAGAUAUCAGUCCGGGCGAGCGUAGAGCCCAACACGAACCUCAAAUACAACAACCUCACUGGGGAGAUCAGAACGUCUGGCUCGUUCCAGAUUGCCAAUCUUAGCCCUCUCAUCAUAACGGGGCUUCAGUUGUUCUGUACCGUUCUAGCUACUGGGCAAGAUAUUCAAUAUCAAGUGAUGGUGAAUGUGUACGAUGAGAACAACAACGCUCCCGUUUUUAAGAAUGCCCCUUACAUCUUCAACGUCAGUGAGUUAACUCCAGUUGGUAGUGUUGUGCAGGGUGAAUUGCUGGCAGUGGAUGCAGAUCCGUCAGACGCAGGUCAUCUAUUUUAUUCCAUCCUACCUUCAUCCGGUUAUGAGGUUUAUUUCAACUUUUCCAUACCGUCAUCUGGAAAGCUGACGCUAACAAGACAACUGGACUAUUCUCUCGUCAGAACGUUUAAAUUAAAUGUUCAAGUCAAGAAUGACGUCAUAAUCAUCGACCCAACCUGGACCAAUGGGAUAGCAUCUCUGGAAUUUGACGUCACUCAGGAUAGGAAUAACGAUGAUUGGACGAAUUUUGCGUUGACCAAGACAACAGGUCAACUGAGGGUUAUUAGGCCGCUGACCAAAGAACAAUAUUUCAUGCAAGUCAAGGCCAAGAGACCGAAUAGCAUUCCAUACAUGCAAAGCAUGGUGGUGAUAAACCGUGUAAGAACGUUACGUUUCAUCAAAGAUAACUAUGACGUCACACUUCUCGAUGACGUCAUCGUCGGUUAUUCUGUUGCCGUCGUGCAAGCUGUUUCUAGUUGGAACUCAAUCUUGAACUACAGUUUAUUGGAGAGUGGCGAUGGUAGUAGCGGUGGCAGCGUUGAUUACUUCGAUAUUGAUAAGAGCAGCGGAGAGUUAUUAGUGGCAAGCAGCCUUCAAAACUUACAAAGUGACAUUGUCAGAAUGUAUUCACGUGUCGUCGUUAAUGAUCUGACCUACGGACAAUCGGCAUCCUGUACAAUAAACAUUAAAAUCAUCCAUUACAACAACAACAACAACAUCAACAACAUCAACAACAACAACAAUAUCACAUUGAAAUUUCAACAAGACGUCUACGAAUUUGUAGUCCCGCCAACAAACACAACAUUCGUUGGAGAAAUUAAGGUUACUUCUUUACCAUCUUCAAUCAUUCCGCCACCGUCAUACAGAUUCAUAAGCAACAGCAAAGACUUUGCCGUAAGCAACGCUGGUGAAAUAUCAUGCCGAGUUAAAUGCUGGCUCUUAUACAACAACAACAACAACAACAACAAUAAUAAUAACAAUAAUAAUAACAACAAUAAUAACAAUAAUAUUGCUGCAAGUUUAAUGGCAAUUGCUGAACAAUCACCUUCGUCGUCAUCAGUAUUACCUGGCGUUAACUUAAACAAUAUUAAACCAGCUUACGCUCUUGUAAAUAUAAGAUACAACAACAGUAACAACAACAAUAACAACAACUCGUCUGCCAACAACCAACCAAACUACAUCAGCAGCAGUAGUAUAAGCAGCGACGAUGCCAACUACAAAGUCGGCUUCAUCAUAACAAUGAUAUUGUUGGCAUUGUGCGUGCUUCUAAUAGUUUCGUUUAUGGUGUACAUUUGCUGCCUUAACAAGAGAGUUAAAGAUGAUGGUGGUAGAUUGACAAACAACACUUUGACUUAUUCAGAAGCAUCAAAUUCUACCAUAGCCCAAAAAAAAAGUCGAAACAUACUAUACGCCCAGGACCCACCAAAUAACCAACUAACCAUCAACAACACCACUAACAACACCAACAGCAACAACACCACUAGAAAUUCGACAACGGUAUCAACAAUAAGCACGGAUAAACUGAACAUUCACAGCAAACAUCCGUCCAACGACGCAUCGCCGCUGCAAUCGUCGCCGCCGUCUUCGCGCCAAGGAACCACCGCCACCACCUACCACAACAAACCACACAUCAUUCAGACCAACUCCAACAUGAGCAAUGCUAGUUACAACAACAACAAUACGUACAGUAAUAAUGAUAGAUUCGAUAAUCUUAACUCAUCACAGAUACGACAACAGAUUCGCUUGAAUCAAAUUCAAAAACAUGAAACUCAGAAGCAAGUGAACCCGACAGGCGCGUGGCUUAUAUUAGAGUUAUUAGAGUUAAGUCAGUGA